ACCACCUACCUAUAAGAUAUCUACUCAAUCGACUUUCUCUCUUUUUCUUCCUCUUCUCUAUCGAGCUUCGGUAAUUUUAGUCUACUGUGUUUGCGCGAUCGUCUCUUUGGCGGUGUUCAAUCCUACCUGUUGUCGACCUGGUUGGGGUUGGCUGGUCUUCCUGAAUCACAAUGAACGCAAACUUGCCGCUGCUCGUCAGCAAGGAAAAAAUCGACAGACUCUGCAACAGUCUGCGAGAGAAGUUGGAGGAUACAGACCCACUUACUCGAGUAACGAACCGCGAUGUCGAGAUGUACGAGAGCAACUUCAAGGCUCGUGUGCCUCGAGACAUGGCCGGCCGUGUCGAUUACCUAGACGACAUAAAAGAAAACGCAACCCUGGGGCGUCGGCGCGAGGUGAUGAGGAAGAUUCACCACCUUAUCCAACACGAUAAAGAUCUUGAAGAUGUGAUCUCUAUCGAUAUUUUCAAAGAGACACUCGCAUCUGCGAAGUGCUGGGCGGUAAUGUUGACCAUGGAAUGGGGCCAACUUAUCAAAUUCCGCGAUCUUUUGCACACUGGUCAUGCCGACGCCAAGCAGAGUACGCUCCAAGCUUUCCUGAUGGCUUGCUGCAACGUGAGCGGACUGAUAUGGUGGAUGAGUAAGACACCUACAUCAGAAAAGGAGCAGAUUUGGGUGCGCAGUGAAGCACAGAGAAACGCGGCCCUAAAACGAGACGGUUUCCGGUGUGUUCUGACGCACUCGGCAAUUGUAGAGGAAUGUCACGUGUGCCCAUUUUGGUCGCUUUCGCGACGCAAACAAAUACAGCGAAACGUCAUCGUGCCUCUCAUAGCCAUUCUGGGCCUUGAUUUCUCCAGAAAAAUGCUGGAAAUCCUGAACCAAACGACCUCCGCAGGCGAAAGGACUACGCCUGGUGAUUUCGACCUCCUUGACUCACCGGCAAACAUGAUUACUCUGAGUAAUCAGCUUCACAAGUUGUGGGACGAUGGGGUAUUUGGCCUCGAGCCUAUUCGCAUCCUACAAGAUUAUAAGAUCGUCCAGAAGCCGGAUGCUCAGGAGAAACCUGGAAGUGGGCCGUCUGCCGUGAAAAGAGGUGCGGGGGCAGCCGAAGAUCAGCCGCCGCACAAGAGAGCGGCAGGCAAACAGACCAAGUCUGUCGACGAGAUGAAGCUGAUGCACGGAAUCGAGCUUAGAUUCCAUUGGCUUCAGAAGACUAAGUUAGGAGGGCUGGAUGACAGCCCUCCUACGGUGGAUGCGGAUCCACGCCAGAUGUGGGGGGAGUGGCAUCAUGACAAUGUGCGUGACAACGCACAUGCCACUCCCCUAGAGACCGGCCACAUUCUCACUAUCUGGUCAGAAGACCGCAGCAAAAUCCCCAACUGGGAGCUUGUAUCUAUUCAGUGGCUUGCCUUCAGACUGCACCGAUUGUCUGGAGCCGCCAACGUUGACCUUUAUGCUCCUCAGAAGGACCAAGACGAUGACGAGGCCCUGGCUGCCCGAGUCCUCCAGGCGAAGCGCGAAGCCACAGAUAUGAUUGCAGAAAGACUCGGACUGGACGCAGACGAGCUUUGGGCCGAUCCUCGGGGCCCUUACUACGUGCCAUCUGACAACCAGGGAUUCGUCGACGAUGACGACGACGACGACGACGACGACGAGGACUAGAAGUCCGACGACGAUCACACGGAGGUUGGCGGGAUGGGAGAUAUCGCGGCUCGCAUGCAUGAGCUUGCUCUGUCCCCUAGAGCAACUGUACCUGUAGCAUGAACUUUGAGUAUUCGAUCAGAGCUUACCAAUAACACUUGUGAGGCUGAUGAGCUCGUAACUC